CCGUCAUUCUCCAAUAUGAGCCCUCCAUUUACCUCCCGCCUGCGCUGGUAACGGCCAGAUUGGUAUACCGUGUUUGUGUUCCCAGAACUUUCUUUGUCAUAGCCACGCUUGAUCGACAAACUCAACUACCUGCAUAUUGCACCAGGUAGAAAGAAGCAUAAGAAGCUAUUGUUGCUACGAUCUCGUUACAUUUCUUUUCCUUUCUCUAUCAAGUCUACUUUAUCUACAGAGGAUGACAAGCGAAACUCAGAAUAAGUCGAGAGGACGGCCUCCCGAUUAUCAUGCCUCCCAUCUGCCCUCUUAUUCUGGGAAAGGAGCUAUCGUUGGACAUGGCUCAAAACCUCCUCCGUACCAUAACUGGCAGGAUGCAGUGCCUGAUACAUCUACUCUUCCGCCGCCUCCAGUAAUGGGCCUCUUAUCGUCGAAUAGUGGCAACGCCUCUAGAGACGAUGCAGAGCGUGCACAUGAAUUUUGUGACAAGGUGCCUCUACACUUGCCUGUUAAGCCAUCGGUUGCUGUGUAUUCCUCGGCUCAAGAUCUCGAUUUUCGUCCCGUGGUGCCAGGAGACUUCCAUGGGACAUUUGCAACAGUUGCACGAGGCCGAUGGAAGGGAUCAACACGGGCUGGAAAUGGUGAUUGCCUGAUAUCGACAAGUCUUCCACUAUAUUUUCCAACUGAGGACUCCCCAUUCGCCACUGCAAAGUGUAGGAAUAUGUAUUAUGAAGUUAAACUGCUCGGGCUUCGUGAAGGGCCAGUGUCAACUGAUCCCAGCGGGUUCUCCAUUGGAUUCGUAGCGCACCCAUAUCCGUAUUGGCGGUCCCCCGGCUGGGAAAGAGGGAGUGUUGGUGUCUUUUCUGAUGAUGGAUGCCGUUUUGUGAAUGAUUCGUGGGGAGGUAGAAAGUUUACAACAGCCUUCGCCGUGGAGGAGACUGUGGGCUUGGGCAUGACUUUUCGUCUUCCGGAUAAUUCGAACAACUUACAAGGCAGAGAUAAAACGUGCAAAGUUGACAUCUUCUUCACGCGGAAUGGACGCCGGGUAGGGAGCUGGGACCUUCAUGAAGAAAUUGAUGAAGACGCUGGGAGUGUUGAGGGAUUAGAAGGUGACUUUGAUCUCUACGGGGCAAUUGGCUUGUUUGGGGGUGUGGAUUUUGAGGUAUGCUUUGACCCAGCAGGCUGGCUAUGGAAGCCCUACCAGUAGUGAUAACAUGUCAGCUAGUCUACUAAUGCUCACAUUAUUCUCCUACUCUGUCAAAUGUUGGAUUAGAUUAGUUCAGCGGCAUUCAUGUGAUUCAGCUAAACUAAACUGAUGAACUCUGUUGCUAGGAGUAAGAAAUCCGGUUCAACCUCUAUCAUAGAUUAGUGAGGGCUAUAGCCAACCCUGUUACUAACCCGCAUUAGAGGAAAAGAAAAUCUUCUCCAGAGGAAAAUAACUAGUAAUAACUGUGUGUGUUCAUAGGACUAGCAUAUGUAACAUAAAUAUAGAAUAUCUCGUCUGCACCUGGCGGGAUCGCCAGACACCAUUUUACCUUGUUAGGCAGUGACCGAGGGGGUGGGAAGGAAAGAAAAGCGACACGAAGUACAUCAUGUUCGGUGUAGAGACCUUCUAGAAUCAUUCCUGCAAGGAUUUACCAGGAUAUACCUUGUUGAUAUACAUACAUUAGUGUAUCGGGGGGAAG